UCCCCUACUAUAAAAAGGAAGCUACACCCAUCCUUAUUGGACUCUCUCACUAACCUCGGUCUUCUCUCUCCCCCAAUCGCAUCGUUUCCAUUCCUCAUUUUUCGAGGCGAGUCGACCGCAGGCAGGUAGCAUGGCUGAUCAGAACCGGCUCCCAACUAUUUCCCAGAAGGUAGCUAACCAGCUACACCUGGGAUCCAGCAUCUCACAAGUUCGCUAUGGGGGUGUCCCACAACCUGCUGCAUACCAGAGGCGAUUUGCUUAUGGCAAUUACUCAAACCAAGCGUUCCAAUAUCCUAAGACCUGCGUAGCAACUCAGGAUCUGUCCUUGAUCUCUGCUAAUGCUAACCCAGUGUUUGCUCAGGCUCCCUCAGAGAAAGGAUUUGCUGGCUUUGCAAUUGACUUUCUUAUGGGAGGUGUUUCAGCUGCUGUGUCAAAAACAGCUGCUGCUCCUAUCGAGCGUGUGAAGCUUUUGAUCCAGAACCAAGAUGAAAUGAUCAAGGCUGGCAGACUCUCUGAGCCAUACAAGGGAAUUGGAGAGUGUUUUGGUAGAACAAUCAAGGAAGAAGGCUUUGGAUCACUGUGGAGAGGAAACACUGCUAAUGUUAUCCGUUACUUCCCUACUCAGGCCUUGAACUUUGCAUUCAAGGAUUACUUCAAGAGGCUUUUUAACUUCAAGAAGGACCGUGAUGGUUACUGGAAAUGGUUUGCUGGCAACCUUGCUUCUGGUGGUGCUGCUGGUGCUUCCUCCCUGUUCUUUGUCUACUCACUGGAUUAUGCUCGUACCCGUCUUGCCAAUGAUGCCAAGGCUGCAAAGAAAGGAGGUGGGAGACAGUUCAAUGGUCUGGUUGAUGUCUACAGACAGACCCUCAAGUCUGAUGGAAUUGCCGGUCUGUACCGUGGAUUCAACAUCUCGUGUGUUGGUAUCAUUGUAUACCGUGGUCUGUACUUUGGUUUGUACGACUCUCUUAAGCCAGUUGUCCUAACUGGAUCUCUUCAGGAUAGCUUCUUUGCUAGUUUUGCCCUCGGUUGGCUCAUCACCAACGGUGCUGGCCUUGCCUCCUACCCAAUCGACACUGUGCGUAGAAGAAUGAUGAUGACAUCGGGUGAGGCCGUCAAGUACAAGAGCUCGAUGGACGCCUUCACCCAGAUCCUCAAGAACGAGGGUGCCAAGUCUCUGUUCAAGGGUGCAGGUGCAAACAUUCUUCGUGCUGUUGCUGGUGCUGGUGUGCUCUCGGGUUACGACAAGCUUCAGGUGCUUGUUUUUGGAAAGAAAUAUGGCUCCGGUGGUGCUUAAAUCCCAGUCCCUUUUUGUUGUUUAGUUUUGGGAAAACUCUAUUUAAGUAUGAUGGCGAUGAUAAAAAUCUUUUUGUUGUUUAGUUUGAGAAUUGACAAUGCGGGAUGAUAAUCUCCAUUUGAGAAUUGGAUCUCUUCUUUUGAAAGAGUAUUUUGCUGGUAUUUCAUAUUCUAAUAAUGUGUUUGGGAUUUUUAUUUUA